GAAAGUCCUUAGAGCUGUCCCCGAAUUAGUUUGAUCCCAAAAUGGCGGUUAAUCUAAGCGGCACCGGCGUAGUUCUCGUGAGCUUGAUUGCUUCAGUCUGGGGUCAUGGAUAUAUGAUAGAUCCCCCAUCUAGGAAUGCAUGCUACAAAGUGUUCCCUGGUAAAUGUCCUCCUAAUUUUACCGCAAACGAGCUGAAUUGUGGAGGCAGAGCUACUCAGAUCGGGAAUUCAGGGAAAUGUGGUGUAUGUGGUGAUCGGUAUGGUACAGCUCGUCACAUUUACCCUGGAAAGUACGCAACAGGUUUUAUCACCAAGACAUAUAAAGUAGGCCAAGAAAUAACUGCUAAGAUCCACAUCACAGCCAAUCACAAAGGAUGGUUUGAGUUCAGAGUUGGUGAGAUUGGAACCCCACCCAUCACCCAAGCCAAGCUGACACAUCUACUGAAAACUACCGAUGGUCGAACGAGGAUCCCUCUCAGGGGAUCUGGCAAUAGCUAUGAGACCAUCAAGCUACGACUCCCGUCCGGCUUGACAUGUAGUCACUGCGUGCUUCAGUGGUGGUGGAAGGUCGGUAACACCUGGGGUUGUGAUGACAAGGGCUGUGGCUUAGGACACGGACCACAGGAGACAUUCGUCAACUGCGCUGAUGUACAGAUUACCUCUGGUAGUGGAAUUGUCCCACCACCACCUCCCACUGAAGCUCCUCCCCCUCCUACUGCGGCUCCUCCUCCGCCCACUGAAGCUCCUCCCCCACCGAAUACACCCCCACCACCGAAUACACCCCCACCACCGAAUACACCCCCACCACCGGAUACACCUCCACCACCGAAUACACCCCCACCACCACCACCACCACCACCACCAACUAAUCCACCAAAUCCAGGGGGGUGCAAGGCUACAGGUGCAUGGACCGGUAACGCAUCCAUUGAUAGCUGGUGUCAAAGUAAUUGUGCAGCUGGAUACUGCCCUUCACACAUGUGUGUUUGUAGCUAAAGCAUUAGUAAUUCUUCAGUUAUCCUUGUUACUCGUUACUUGUAGAACAAAGGAGCAGUUAAAACAAAUAAAAAACCACUGGUAUUAGAUCUUGA